AUGAAGCUGCAUAGUCUCCUGUCAUGCUCGCUCACACUGGCCGGCAUGGCGAGUUCGGUGCAACUGACGUUCUAUGGCUAUCCCGACAACGCCCCUCCCGGCGCGGGCACGGCGUACAACUGCGGAGGACGCAACUUCGUCGCAGGCGGAUCGGGCACCCAUGACGACCCUCUCACCAUAGCCACGGCGCCGGGCGAGCUCAACCAGUGCGAGGUCAUCUAUGUCCCGUACCUGAAGAAGUACGGCCGCGUCGAAGACAGCUGUGCCCAAUGUACCGACGACUGGAAAUCAGGGAAGCAGCACAUCGACAUCUGGACCGGUAGCAACACGGUCGACGGCGGUCAGCAGCAGUUCAAUUGCGAAGACGCUUUGACCCCCAACGCGCAGCAGACCAUCAUCAGAAACCCAGACUUCAACCUUGAAGUCGACAACGCCGCGCUGUAUGAUCCUAACACGGGCACUUGUGGGACCAGCCACACAUAUGGCGUUCGCCAGUUCUCUCACCAUUUCCGUGUGUUGGAGUUCGACUUGUAG